CGGCGCACCCCACAGUGAUCUCCCUGUGCCCCCCUCACCCUGUGUGUCCCCCCGGUGCCUUCUCCACACACGCUGUCCCCUCCAGCCCCUGGCCAUGAACGCCUCGCUGGCGGGCUCCGGGGCGGGCUGGCAGCCCGAGUCCGUGAUCAUCCCACUCGUGUACCUCAUCAUCUUCCUCGUGGGCACCGUGGGCAACAGCCUGGUCCUGGCGGUGCUGCUGCGCAACGGGCAGGUGAAGAACACAACCAACCUCUUCAUCCUCAACCUGGGGGUGGCCGACCUCUGCUUCAUCCUCUUCUGCGUCCCCUUCCAAGCCACCAUCUACACGCUGGAGGGAUGGGUGUUCGGGCCCUUCAUGUGCAAGGCCGUGCACUUCUUCAUCUACCUCACCAUGUACGCCAGCAGCUUCACCCUGGCCACCGUGUCCCUCGACAGGUAUUUGGCCAUACGAUACCCCCUGCACUCCAGGGAGCUGAGGACACCCAGGAACGCCCUCCUGGCCAUUUGUCUCAUCUGGGGGCUCUCCUUCAUCUUCUCGGGCCCUUACCUCAGCUACUACCAGGAGUUCCAGCUGGCCAACCUGACUGUCUGCCACCCCAUCUGGGAGAUCUCCCAGCGCAAGAUCAUGGAUAUCUGCACCUUCAUCUUCAGCUACAUCAUCCCCGUGCUCAUCCUGAGCCUCACUUACGUGCGGACUAUUCGCUACCUGUGGCGGUCCGUGGACCCUCUCCAAGACAUGUCGGAGUCCAAGAAGGCCAAGAGGAAGGUCACCAGGAUGAUCAUCAUCGUCGCCGUCCUCUUCUGCCUGUGCUGGCUGCCCCAUCACCUGGUCAUUCUCUGCGUGUGGUUCGGGUACUUCCCCCUCAACCACUCCACGUACGUGCUGCGCAUCCUCUCGCACGUCAUCUCCUACGCCAACUCCUGCGUGAACCCCAUCGUCUACGCCCUGGUCUCCAAACACUUCCGCAAGGGCUUCAAGAAGAUCUUCAGCUGCCUCCUGCACCAGCAGGCAGCGCACAGGGUGCAGGCCCAGGCUGCCAACACGGUCAGCACGCUGGAGGCAGAGCUCAGCGAGGUGACCCAGCUGAGCGCAGCCCUGCCCGGCCGCUCGGCCGCACGCUGCAGGGGCCCGGAGGGGCAGCAGCAGGGAGCAGAUGGCUCCUCUGUCACCUUCACCGGCAGCUAGCAGAGCUCCCUCCCACCCCACGGCAUUGCAGGCCUGGGGCUGGGCUCUGGUUUGGGUUGAAAUGUGUCCAGUUGAAACCUUUUCGUUCAAAUGCAUCCAGAUAUCACGACCGUGAUGCUGCUGAUACAAACUCAGCCAAGAACUAACCAAGAACAGGAUUUGCUUCCACCAAACACCUGCUGAGAGCAGAGAGAUCAAACCCAAAAAUCCACUGCCAUGUGUAAUGCAAACCUGUUCCUCUGUCAUGGAUGGACUUACUCCCUGUUGCAUCUACACCCAGAGCCUGUGAAAAGCUCUGGCCCCUCCAACCAGCACAGCAUCUCUAGCUUGUGGGUGCACUUUUAGGGACAUCUGGAAAAUCUUGGUUUGUUUCUGUCCUGGUUUAGGAGCUGCAUCCCAGGGCAGCACUGGGCACAAACCCAGCUCAGGUAGGAAAGUCCAGGAGUGAAGCACAGAAGGUCACCAAGGACCAAGGGGUGGGAGGUUACUUGCCAGGGAAGCACAGCCAUGGACCCAUGGCAGGGAAAGGAUUUGAAUGCAUUUGGACAGCCUGGGGACAGCUCAGCAUCUCAAGCAGGCAGGGUGCUCGUGGAGACAAGCAGGGCACAGACACUGCUCCCCUGAACGGGCCAGACAGGGCUGUGUGAGAGCUGGGGGUGCCCAGCAAGCCAGGGAAGCCUCAAUAAAGCCCCUCCAUCCC